CCUUAUAUAAUUCACAUACAUUCCUUUGGGGAAUUUGUAAAGCGAUUUAUAUUUGUGAAGCCUUUCAUUGAAAGUAAUUUAUGAGAGUACAGGCUAUAGACUUAGGUGCUAAAUUGGUAUUAUAUUUAUCAUGCAUAGUCAAUCAUAUUUGAGGUUUUACCAUGGUGGCCGUUUACUUACUUUUGCGUGCAACUCAGUACACACCCGAUUACUCUCAACUAGUACUAGUAGUAGUAGUAGUAGUAGUAGGCCUAACCUCAUGGAUCCAUUUUCCGAGCCAAAUAAGAAGACCGUGCAGUCUAAGCUCGAUACUGUGAAACCUGUUCGGAAUAAUUGGAUUGCUGGUGGCACCACUGCUGCUGCUGCAGUGCUGGUCCCGCUGUGUAUAUGUGACGGAGAACCAUGUAUACUCUACACCCUGCGAUCGAGCAAACUCGUACAACACCGCGGUGAAGUGAGCUUUCCCGGUGGGAAGGUUGACGCGUCAGACACGGAUGUCAUCCACACGGCCGUCAGGGAAGCAGAGGAAGAGAUCGGGUUGGACCCAACAUCUAGCGUAGAUAUGUGGGGUCAGCUGUCUCCUCUUCCAAGUCGUGAUGGCAAGAUGGCGAUUACACCCAUUAUCUGCAAUAUAGGGUCAGUAGACAUACACUCCUUGGUGCCAAAUAAAGAUGAGGUGGAGCAAGUCUUCACAGAGAAGCUGGAUACGCUCUGUGACUCGGCUAGGUUGGGGUUCACUCAAUAUCGCAGUGCUGGUGGCUACACCCUUCCCGUCUUUCACGGCAUGAAUCACAGGAUCUGGGGCUUGACUGCUAUUAUUACUCAUCAGUUGCUCGGGAUACUUGCACCAACACAUUAUCGUCACAAACUGAAGUUUAUUCUGCCCCUCCUGAAAGUUCGCAGAUGAUCAUGUGAUGUGUUUUCGUCUUCUGCGUGUGAUGUUAAAUUUACGAUACGUUUAUGCAAGGCACCUCGUGAUUUCAUUUAAAUUCACUCACGUGCUAGUGAAGGAAUAAUGUAUAUGGAGCAUGCUCUCAGCCUGCAGUUUUUAAAUCAAAUUUUAAUUAAGGCAGGCCUGUCGGUUGUUUGUAAAUUUCGUGCUUUAUACAUUUUUUUAAACGUAGAAAAAACAUGCAAACUUUGUGAUUAUGAAACAACAUUGCAUUUCAGUGUGGUUCACUGUGCUAUAUUGUGAUGUUGUUGUUGUUGUUGUUAUUAUUGUUAUUAUUAUUAUUAUUAUUAUUAUUGUUUGCUGCUGUUGUGCUGUGUUUGGUGUGUUGUCAGUGUAAUGGCUGUGAAACAAAUGAAUUUGACAAAUUUCAUCUCAGCAUGUAAAACGUUAUGUAAGUUUUGACAUAAUAAUUAUGGUGC